AUGUCAUCCAGGCCAGAUCUCAAGGUCGACGAUGAAGUCGGUUUCAUCCGCUUCUACCGUUCCCUUCCAGAAGUCGAGAACAAUGAGAUUAUCCGCGUCUUUGACCGCGGAGACUGGUACUCGUCUCACGGCGCCGAUUCCGAAUUCAUCGCUCGCACCGUCUACAAGACCACGUCCGUGAUUCGAAAUCUCGGUCGGAGCGAGACGAGCGGACUUCCCUCCGUCACCAUGAGCGUGACCGUUUUCCGAAAUUUCCUUCGUGAGGCUCUGUUCCGACUCAACAAGCGCGUCGAGAUCUGGGUCUCUGCGGGGACGGGCAAGGGGAAUUGGAAACUGGGCAAGCAGGCGAGUCCGGGAAAUCUUCAGGACGUGGAAGAUGAAUUGGGCAGUGUUGGUGCAUUGUCGAUGGAUUCUGCACCGAUUAUUCUCGCCGUGAAGAUUUCCGCUCGUGCUUCGGAAGCGAGAAAUGUGGGCGUGUGCUUUGCGGAUGCGAGUGUGCGUGAAUUGGGCGUGAGCGAGUUCCUUGAUAAUGACAUUUAUUCGAAUUUCGAGUCGUUGGUCAUUCAGCUCGGGGUCAAGGAGUGUCUGGUGAUGAUGGAUUCGGCCGGGAAGGACGCCGAGCUUGCUAAGAUCCGGGCUAUCGCUGAUAGUUGUGGUAUUGCGAUUUCUGAAAGGCCAGCCGCAGACUUUGGUGUGCGCGACAUCGAGCAGGAUCUGACACGGCUGUUGCGUGAUGAGAGAUCUGCGGCAACUCUGCCUCAGACGGAGCUUAAGCUUGCCAUGGGCUCUGCGUCUGCAUUGAUCAAGUAUCUGGGUGUCAUGACGGAUCCUACGAAUUUUGGUCAGUAUCAGCUUUAUCAACACGACUUAUCGCAGUAUAUGAAGCUUGAUGCAUCCGCGCUGCGGGCGUUGAAUCUGAUGCCCGGUCCGCGAGACGGAUCCAAGAGUAUGAGUCUGUUCGGUCUGUUGAAUCACUGCAAGACGCCCGUGGGCAGUCGGCUGUUGUCGCAGUGGCUCAAACAACCCUUGAUGGAUCUUGCGGCGAUCGAGCAGCGACAACAGCUAGUCGAGGCAUUUGUGGUCAACACUGAGCUGCGUCAGACUAUGCAGGAAGAGCACCUCCGCUCUAUUCCGGACCUCUACCGGCUGGCCAAGCGUUUUCAACGCAAGCAGGCUAAUCUGGAGGAUGUGGUUCGUGUGUACCAGGUGGCAAUUCGAUUGCCCGGAUUUGUGAGAGCUUUGGAAGAUGUCAUGGAUGAAGAAUACCAGUCACCACUGGAGACAGAGUACACUUCUAAACUCCGGGGCUAUUCGGACAGUCUGGCCCGGCUGGAAGAGAUGGUGGAGACGACGGUCGACCUUGCCGCGCUGGAAAAUCACGAAUUCAUUAUCAAGCCCGAGUUCGAUGAGGGCCUUCGUGUGAUUCGUAAGAAGCUGGAUAAGGUUCGCUACGAAAUGGACGUUGAGCACCGUCGCGUCGCAAAGGACCUCAACCAGGAUCUGGAAAAGAAACUCUUCAUGGAGAAUCAUCGCGUCCACGGCUGGUGCUUCCGCUUGACCCGUACCGAAGCGGGUUGCAUUCGCAACAAGAAGGGCUAUCAAGAAUGUUCAACACAGAAAAACGGCGUUUACUUCACCACAUCGACGAUGCAAUCUCUCCGUCGAGAGCACGACCAAUUAUCCUCGAACUACAACCGCACCCAAACCGGUCUGGUGAGCGAAGUGGUGAAUGUAGCUGCGUCAUACUGCCCCGUCUUGGAGCAGCUUGCUAGUGUGCUUGCUCAUCUGGACGUUAUUGUCAGCUUUGCCCAUGCUGCCGUCCAUGCGCCUGCUGGAUACGUCAGGCCGAAAAUGCACCCGCGGGGAACGGGUAACACUGUACUCAAGGAAGCUCGUCACCCCUGCAUGGAAAUGCAGGAUGACAUCUCCUUCAUCACGAACGAUGUCUCGUUAAUUCGAGACGAGUCGUCUUUCCUCAUCAUCACCGGACCCAACAUGGGCGGUAAAUCCACAUAUAUCCGUCAAAUCGGUGUCAUCGCGCUGAUGGCCCAGACCGGUUGCUUUGUCCCAUGUACGGAAGCAGAACUCACCAUUUUUGACUGCAUCCUCGCCCGAGUUGGCGCCAGUGAUUCGCAACUCAAGGGAGUCUCUACAUUUAUGGCGGAAAUGCUCGAGACUGCUAAUAUUCUCAAGUCUGCCACGUCGGAAUCUCUGAUCAUCAUCGACGAGUUAGGUCGCGGCACUAGCACCUACGACGGAUUUGGACUGGCCUGGGCCAUUUCGGAGCACAUUGUUACAGAAAUUCGUUGCUUUGGCCUGUUUGCCACCCACUUCCAUGAGCUCACUGCUUUGGCGGAUCGCUACCCCAAGGCUGUGAAGAAUUUGCACGUUGUGGCGUUCAUUGGAGACGGCACUGAGGAUCAAGCUGCCGCUAGCGCCGAGAAGAAAAAGCGCCAAGUUACGCUGCUGUACCGCGUUGAACCUGGUAUUUGUGAUCAAUCAUUUGGUAUCCACGUCGCGGAGCUCGUCCGAUUCCCCGAAAAGGUCGUCAAUAUGGCCCGUCAAAAGGCUGAAGAAUUGGAAGACUUUUCAACUGCUGAAACUGCUGAAACUGCUGAGGAGAAGCAGCAGCAGCAGCAGCCCUCUUCAUUGGACAAGUACUCUCAAGAAGAGAUGGAAGAGGGCAGUGCCCUGCUUAAAGGGCUGUUGAUGAAAUGGAAGACCGAGAUCGAGGGCAAGACCCUGAGCUCUGAACAAAAGCGACAAAUCAUGCGUGACCUCGUCAAGGCCGAUGAAAGGCUGCAAGCGAACAAGGUGUUCCAAGGGAUCAAGACUCUUUGA